AUGAGCAGUGAGAAGUGGGGUCACCAGAGGAUCUCCGAGGUAGACUGCUGUGAGAAGCGGGGCAUCAGCCAGAAACAGUGCCACUGGAGGAAUUCAGUGCGAGACUCAGUCAGUCUGAGGAAGGGGCACAGGGGCUGCACUUGGGGAGUGGCAAGCCUGGUCCCGUUCCCAGCCCCACACUUCCCACCGCAGGCCCAGGAGAAAUUGACAGAAUCCAACCAGAAGCUGGGGCUGCUGCGGGAGGCUCUGGAGCGGAGGCUGGGGGAGCUGCCCGCCGACCACCCCAAGGGGCGGCUGCUGCGAGAAGAGCUCGCUGCAGCCUCGUCCGCCGCCUUUAGCGCCCGCCUGGCCGGGCCCUUUCCCGCCACGCACUACAGCACCCUGUGCAAGCCCGCGCCGCUCACAGGGACCCUGGAGGUACGCGUGGUGGGCUGCAGAGACCUCCCAGAGACCAUCCCGUGGAACCCUACGCCCUCAGGGGGUGGACCUGGGACCCCAGACAGCCGCCCCCCAUUCCUGAGCCGCCCAGCCCGGGGCCUUUACAGCCGAAGCGGAAGCCUCAGUGGCCGGAGCAGCCUCAAAGGAGAAGCCGAGAACACCAAUGAAGUCAGCACUGUGCUUAAGCUGGAUAACACAGUGGUGGGGCAGACGUCUUGGAAGCCACGUGGCCCCAGUGCCUGGGACCAGAGCUUCACUCUGGAGCUGGAGAGGGCACGGGAACUGGAGUUGGCUGUGUUCUGGCGGGACCAGCGGGGCCUGUGUGCCCUCAAAUUCCUGAAGUUGGAGGAUUUCUUGGACAAUGAGAGGCAUGAGGUGCAGCUGGACAUGGAACCCCAGGGCUGCCUGGUGGCCGAGGUCACCUUCCGCAACCCUGUCAUUGAGAGGAUUCCUCGGCUCCGACGGCAGAAGAAAAUUUUCUCCAAGCAGCAAGGGAAGGCGUUCCAGCGUGCUAGGCAGAUGAACAUCGACGUCGCCACGUGGGUGCGGCUGCUCCGGAGGCUCAUCCCCAAUGCCACGGGCACAGGCACCUUCAGCCCUGGGGCUUCUCUGGGAUCCGAGGCCCGGACCACGGGUGACAUAUCGGUGGAGAAGCUGAACCUCGGCACUGACUCGGACAGCUCACCUCAGAAGAGCUCACGGGAUCCUCCUUCCAGUCCAUCGAGCCUGAGCUCCCCGAUCCAGGAAUCCUCCAUCACUCCCAAGCUGCCUUCGGAGACCCAGGAGACCCCAGGCCCCGCCCUGUGCAGCCCUCUGAGGAAGUCACCUCUGACCCUUGAGGAUUUCAAGUUCCUGGCGGUGCUGGGCCGGGGUCACUUUGGGAAGGUGCUGCUCUCCGAAUUCCGGCCCAGUGGGGAGCUGUUUGCCAUCAAGGCUCUGAAGAAAGGGGACAUUGUGGCCCGAGACGAGGUGGAGAGCCUGAUGUGUGAGAAGCGGAUCUUGGCGGCAGUGACCAGUGCGGGACACCCCUUCCUGGUGAACCUCUUUGGCUGUUUCCAGACACCGGAGCACGUGUGCUUCGUGAUGGAGUACUCGGCCGGUGGGGACCUGAUGCUUCACAUCCACAGCGACGUGUUCUCUGAGCCCCGUGCCGUCUUUUAUUCCGCCUGCGUGGUGCUGGGCCUACAGUUUCUUCAUGAACACAAGAUUGUCUACAGGGACCUGAAGUUGGACAAUUUGCUUCUGGACACCGAGGGCUACGUCAAGAUCACAGACUUUGGCCUCUGCAAGGAGGGGAUGGGCUAUGGGGACCGGACCAGUACAUUUUGUGGGACCCCGGAGUUCCUGGCCCCUGAGGUGCUGACGGACACUUCAUACACGCGGGCUGUGGACUGGUGGGGGCUAGGUGUGCUGCUGUACGAAAUGCUGGUUGGCGAGUCCCCAUUCCCAGGGGAUGACGAGGAGGAGGUCUUCGAUAGCAUCGUCAACGAUGAGGUUCGCUACCCCCGCUUCCUGUCCGCCGAAGCCAUCGGCAUCAUGAGAAGGCUGCUGCGGAGGAACCCAGAGCGGAGGCUGGGAUCUAGCGAGAGAGAUGCAGAAGAUGUGAAGAAACAGCCUUUCUUCAGGACUCUGGGCUGGGAAGCCCUGUUGGCCCGGCGCCUGCCGCCGCCUUUUGUGCCCACGCUGUCUGGCCGCACCGACGUCAGCAACUUUGACGAGGAGUUCACCGGGGAGGCCCCCACGCUGAGCCCGCCCCGUGACGCGCGUCCCCUCACAGCCGCGGAGCAGGCGGCCUUCCUGGACUUCGACUUCGUGGCGGGGGGCUGCUAGCCCCCUCCCCUGCCCCUACCCCUGCCCGAGAGCUCUUAGUUUUUAAAAAGGCCUUUGGGAUUUGCCUGAUCCAUGCA